AUGAAUUUUUGUGAAUUCAUAUAAAUCACUGUAGAGGGUGAAGAUAAAUUAGAGGAAAUUCGAAUUGCAUUAGCAAGAUUAGAAAUGUUUGAACUUAACACAGUGUACAAUAGACUAGAUUAGCCAAGAUAGAAUGCAAUGAAAGAAGAAUAAAUUCUAGAAUUUCUGGAUGAUAACAAUCUUCAAGUUACCUAGGAAGAAUCAAAUUACAUAUUUAGAGUGUUGGAUGUUGAUAGGGACAACUUGAUAACAUUGGCAGAUUUCCAAUCAGUAAUCUUACCUAAAACUAAUGACUAAGUAAAAGACUAAGCUCUUAAUCACAAAUCCUAUGAAAUGCCUCAAAGCAUGCUACUACCAAAAGAAGUUGAAGCUACAUUAACAGCAUUCUUCGAACAAUUAAAAACAAAUUAUAAUCAAUACGCUAAUAUUUAAGAACCAAUCAACCUUAACGAAUUAGCAAUAUUUGAGAGUGAAAAUCUGAUAACAUUGGAUUCCCUUAAAAAUUGGUUAUAAAGUAUAGGAUAGGAGAUUGAGGAUCAAAUUCUAGAAAAGUUCCUUAUCAUUAUAGAUGGUGAUCCAAACAACUUACAAAAUCUAAUUGAAUAGAUCUUUUAUUAAAUUGAAUAGCAAGAAGAUUAGCAAAACGAAGCUCCACAAUAAAAUUAAGAAUAAGAAUAACCUAAAUAAAAUUAAAUUGAAGUUCAAGAUAUUAAUUACUCUCAACCAGAUUUAUAGAAGAGUGAUGCGCUUUAAGAAUCAUUUAAUCCUAAUUAAACAUAAAAAUAGCACCAAAAUUAAGAAUAAAGUGAAUAAAAGAAAGAUGAACAAUAAGAUCAAAUUGCCCAAUCAAAAUUUUUGCAAGAAAGUUAACCGUAUUAUUCUGAAAGUCCUUUAUUAAAUUAUUAUCAUUUGCAAAUUAGGGAUGAAGAAGAUAAAAUUAAAAAGCUAUGUGAUGAAUUAAAUAUUACGAAUACUUACACCUAAAAACGAGAAGAAUCCGCAUUGAUCAAAUAUUACGAAAAGGAAAUAGCUAGAGAAUAGGAAAUCUAUAAUAGACUACUUUAAGAAUCAAGACAAACUGGAGCCCCUUCAAAAAUUUCAAAAUCUACUUUCACCCCAGAUCCGUUAUAUCUGGAUGACUAUCAAAGAGAAAUCAAUCGAAUAGAUAAUGAAAUAAGAAAAGAAACAACCAAUAUCAGUUUCCUCUCAUCCAAGUUUGAUAAUAGCAUUGGAUUAUCAACUAGUUAUUUAAAGUAAUAAUAGAAUUUACAUUUAAGGUAUGAAAGUCCCCGUAAACAUUAAGAAUCUUAUCUUUAUGACAAUUUUUCAGGAUAAAAGAAACAAUUUGGAUAUUAAUGA